AUGAGCCGGCUGAAUUCUGUCAAGGUACCCUUCAGGAGCAACCAAGCCUGUUCAUCGCAACCAGGACGUGUCUUCUGUCUCGAGCAUCAAAAGUGGUAUGAGGCGGGUGAAAAGUUUCGACGACACGAAAAACGACACCAACGACGAUUCAAAUGCGGCGACGAAAAGUGCCCCAUGACAUUUGCAACAUCCAAGGAGCGGAACGAGCACUCUUUUCGCUAUCACAAAACGUGGUCCAAAGAGAACAACGUACCUGAUCCAAGGCGACGUUGCCAGGUAUGCCGAACAAAAUUGUCAAAGGCGUCCUUCAUCAAGAGACAUUUGAAACGAUCUCCUGGCUGCAAUGCAGUCCUCGGAGGAUUGCCCACCAAGGAUCAGACUCUCAUGCUGUCUGACUCCGAGAAGGAUUGA